AUGGAUGUUCGAUUCACUCGUUCUAAGGACGCAAAGCUGAUGGCAGCCGCCUCCAAAGUGGGUCAGAAGAAGAACUCAGCUGCCACAUCGCAAGAUCCGUCACAAGUAGUUGAUAUUAUAAAGCCCUCAAGUGUUCAAUCGUCCCAAUGUCUCCGAAAGAAACCAGUUCCAGCAACGGAAGUUGCCUCAGAAGAUGAUGGGAUGACUGAUGGCUCGGAUGAUGUUGAGCCUAGCAGUGAAGACAUGGAGACCAAGAUUGCAACUUCGUAUGAUGACCAUGAGCCAAGGUAUGCAGCAAAUCGACGGGGUCAACUUGAGAAUGAUCACUUGUUUCCUGAAUUGACCAAGCAUUCAAACAGAGUGUUUAAUCCAACCUUUGCUUCUGUUGCUGCGAGUGAAAGGUAUGCGUCUACUUUUAGUCUUCGAGACUUUCACACACAAAGGUAUAUCGCUCAUGAUGAUCCAAAUAUUCAAGAAGCGUUUGCGAUUAUUGAACAAGCUGGUUUAGUUUACACUGUGGUGGAUGUCAUUGGGUUUGUGGAUUCCGUUGUUAGAGAAUUCUAUGCCAAUCUUGGUGAUUUGGACUGUAAGAGUGACACUACUCGGGUCUAUGUGCGAGGAAAGAAGUAUGAGUUUCCUGCAACCAUCAUAAAUCAGCUGUUUCAAGUCACUGUUCCUGAUGAGUUAGAUGAUUGGGAAGCUGUUCCCAUUGCCGUAGCUAUAGCAGAUGUUACUGGUGGGAGGAAACAUCAUUGGGAAGGAACAUGUACCCGUCAUCUCACGCCCACAAUGGCUGUGUUGUACAACACUUGCUGCAUGAACUGGACACCAGAUUCCAAUAACUCUACAUUGAACCCGAGACGUGUCAAGUUUAUUCAUGCUGUCCAUACCAAGAAACGGUUCAACUUUGGGAGGUUGGUCUAUGAUUUGAUAGUGGAGAACUCUAAUAUUAAAAACGUCAACGGACUUCUCACCUUUCCGAGUUUCAUAUAUCGACUGCUGUAUUUCCAAAGACUUGUUCCUGUCCGCCCCCAUGAUCAGCUCAUAGAUCUUCCGUUGGCACUCACUCUUGAUGAAAAAUCCGGGAAAGGAUCCGAUCAUGAAGACGAAGCAGAACCAAACUAG